UAUUCCCCUAAAAAAAAAAAACCAUUCUUUAAAAUUUUUGUUGUAAAGUUAAUUAUAAUGGACUUAACCCAGUAAAGAGUAUAUUGGUGAAAAUGUGAAAUAAUUUUUAUUCUACACGCACAGAAUUGAAGGUGUAAAAAAAAUAUAUACCAGGUAUAGAGUUCCCUCCCGAAUAUAGGUUAUUCAAUCCGAAGUAGAACACAACAGGAGCAGUAGCAACAGUAGGAAGAAAUCAGAAAUGUUAAUCCGAGCACCUCACCCUCUCUCGUCAAUCUCUCUCCUCCGUUUUACCGCCAAACCCAGGAACCCCCACUUUCCUCCUCACACCACCUUAUUCUCUCGUCUCUGCUCUUCUUCUUCUUCUUCUUUGGUUGCUGAAACUUCCUCUGAAGGCUCUGAUACUUCUACCACAGUUUCUCCUUCUCAUCAUCCAUGGCCGGAAUGGGUUGCCUUUGUCGACCGCUUGAAAUUACAGGGUUAUUUUCCUCAGAAGUCUUCCGAUGAUGGGUUUCGUUAUGGUGAAGUUAGCAUCUUGAAGGACCCUUGCCUCAGCUUUGCUCGUGACCGCUACGACCUUUUCAGGUCUUUGUCAAAAGGUGAUAUUCAGACAUUGGUGGAGAAAGGAUGUCCUAAAAUUCAACGCAAAGUUAUUAAUUCUGCGAAACGGUUGAGAGUAUAUGUGGGAUUGGAAGAGAAAAGUGUAUGUAACAUAUGCAGUCUUCAAGGAUCUUGUGAUCGAGCUUUUGUAAUGCUUGGAGAAUCUGAAGGAGGUGCUCGAAUGGUGGAUGUCAUGCGCCUCUUGUUGACCUAUGCAUUGGAUCCCAUAACUAUCUCUGGAUUAGUGAGUACUACCAGUAUUGAGCAGGCUGAAUCAGCUUCAAGGAGAUUGCUGAGCUUGUUGAUUAACUUAAGUGAGGUGUCUACAGGUCUACCUCCUCGUGAGUUUUCUGAAAAUUCUGCCUAUAAGAAGGAACAAUCUGUUCAUGCUAGGGAUGCUGCACUGUCACAAGAUGUUCAGAAGAAGAAAGGGGAUUGGACAUGUCCUAAGUGCAAUUUCAUGAAUUUUUCUAAGAACAUCAAAUGUCGGAAGUGCAAUGAGGAGGGUCCUAAACGGGUUAAUGCCGUUGUUGAGAUGAAGAAAGGUGACUGGAAGUGCCUCCAGUGCGAAUGCAUAAAUUUUGCUAGCAGACGGAAUUGUUUUCGUUGCAAGGAUCCACGACCCCCAAGGGCUCUGGAACCUGGGGAAUGGGAGUGCUUCAAGUGUGAUUUCCUGAACUUCAGAAGAAACGUUAUCUGUCUUAAAUGUGGUAGUGAACCCCAUAAAGAAGAAGUAGCGCAUGACAAGAUACAGAAUAAGCGGACAAACCUGGUGGUUGAAUGAGUCGGAUAGAGGAACUUGCCUACUUCAAUGACAUAGAUAACAGCAGUUGCAUCACUGAUCUGGUAACAUUUUGUAAGCGACCUUGUCAUUCAAUUUUGUAAAAGUAAAUUGAACAUGUCUUUACAUUUUAGAACAAUAUAUUCUAGUAUGGUCACACGUUUCUUCAGUUGAUUAGGAUAUACGCCACAUUCCCAUGUUUUUCAUUUUCUUCCAUUAUUAUUUGAUGCGAAGCUAGGUGGAUUUAUCAAUAUAAAGUCUGAAAGUUAGUGUAUAAAAUAUAAAUCCAACUUUUUGUUGA